AUGUAUCAAACUGAGUCGACCUUUGCGAUUGCACCAAUUCUGAAUGAAGAUUUAAAAGAUGUUCAACUACACGAGAAUAAACAUGGCAGCAAGGUGUAUGAAAUUUCAAAUCUCUCUGAGAAAGAAAGCACCACUGGAG